AUGGCGACGAAACAACAAGAAAAAAACGCUUCCAAGAAUGAAACUCGUCAGAGAAAAGGAAAGAAGAGUAAAAAAGAAGCACCAAAGGUCGAGGAGAAAAAUGAUUCGAAAAAGGUUGACGAAAAAGAGGACGAUGUUAUGUUAGAGCAGCUUUGUGCGAAAAUGAUCAAAAAUGGCAAACUGAAAUAUACGAAAGAUCGAAAAGGAAAUCUGGUGCUAAUUCAACAAAACGAGGGCCUGACAAUGCAAGACUUCAAAGUUUUCGGCUUCCUUGCAAUCAUCGCAAUUUAUGUUUUCUUCUUUUACGACCACACGCACAAAAUCACAGUCAACUAUUACUACGAAAGCUUCCGCGCAUACAUCCGGCGAUUUAGCGACAGACUCAUGCAUCAAGUGGAUAUUAUGGUCUCCGGACCUGAGCUUUGA